GCCAAACACAUCACUGGUCGAACAGAUAAUUCAAUAAAGAAUCAUUGGAACAGUGGUAUGAAAAAGAGGAUGAAUGAAUUCUCGUAUAAAUUCAACUAAAUUAAGAUGAAGUUCCAAAGAGAAGGGUAUCCUAUUGCAUUCUUUACUCUAGUCUUUCAACUCUGAAUGAAUAUGAUAUUUAACAAAAAGGAAUUUUGGAAGCUAUUUUAUAUAAUAAGCCACUGAGGAUUGAAUAAAAUCAAUCUUCAGAAAAUGACAAUCUUGAGUAACCGUAAAUUCAAUAAAAAAAGAUCAGAAUUGAGGUUCUAUAAUCAGAAAAAUAUACUGAUUUGGAAUUAAUCAAGGAUGAUGAAUAGAUUAGAGAAUUAGACUACUAACAUCACGAAUUAGAUUAGAGUAAUAGGUUUCAAUUCUCAUUUCCUAUUAUAGUUAUUUGGAUUCGAAUCAAAAGUUGUUGGUUUCUAAGAAUCCAAUUGACAGCGAAGACAAUUUCUAUUGACAAAUAAGUCAAUGCAAUUUUGAUAUAAUAACGAUAAUUUU